AGCACCUUACCUUGCCAAGUUGAGGACUACGUAGCUGGUCAAGCCAGAGUUGCAAACUACCGUGGUCUGCAUGCCAUCCGUUCAACUUCCAAGGCCAAUCGAAGUGAAGCUUGCCAUUAUUGGAGAUGUGAAAUGUGGGAAGGUAUGUAAACCCUUAUCCGGUGCACAUGUGUUAGAGCUGCCUAAUCAAACGGUUUUGUGAAAAGAGAUACACAGCCAAAUACUUCCCGACAAUCGGGGUUGAUUUUGGGAUAAAGAGGUACGGUUCUGUUGCUAAUCGUAAUUGUUCUGACCUUGAAGGACUUCCAUCAGAAACAAACAGCUGAAAGUGAACGUUUUCGAUAUGGCUGGUGAUAUGGUCUACUACGAAGUUCGGAAUGAGUUUUAUGACUCAGUCUCUGGGAUUUUGUUGGUUUUUGAUGUAACAAGGCAGAAUAGCUUUCGUUCCCUCGGUCGAUGGCUCCAAGAGCUCAGAACUGAGGCGGGCAACCAUGUGAGCGAAAUCGCAGUUUGUGUUUGUGGAAAUAAGACUGAUCAAUUCCCGCGGGAGGUCACCUAUUUCGAAGCUUCGCAGUGGUGCGCUCGUCGAAAUCUACCCUACUUCGAGACAUCUGCUCUAACUGGCCACGGGGUCGAUGAAGCAAUUCACACACUUCUGGAGUCCAUUGUAGAGCCCAACGCAGAAUCGACCUGGGCUCAACAAAACGGGGCUAGGCACUGGUGGGAAAUACCGGAAAAGGAAUGUGCGGACACACAUUCAAACACAACAUCCUCCAAAUCGCAUUCUACAGUGCGGUCUCCACACAACACUCGGGAAGUACCAUCUUCGAAGCAGAAAGUUGGACAUACGGAUUCGCGUCAAAAGGAUGUGAAUGGAUGCACUCAGAAAGAAGGGAACAUUAUCAAACGCAUACAGAAUGCCAAAACACACUACGAAAUACUGGGUCUUGGGCCGCAAGCCACAAAAGAUGAGAUCAACAGAGCCUACAGAAGGCUGGCAUUUGUCAUCCAUCCGGAUAAAAAUACCGCACCAGGGAGCGAGGAAGCGUUCAAAGCACUCACGGCUGCGCGCAGAGCAUUGCUAAAUUCAGGACUCCCGUGAUAUCUAUGGUUCGUGGAUAUGGACAAUGUCAAGAGUCGUGUUAUCCAGACUGCGACGUGAAGAUAACAAGUGUUCGAAGUUUUUUUCACUCGAAUUUGACGGUGGCCACCCUUUCCAUUUACAACUAUCAAAUUGUGUUGGCAACCUGAAUGGCAAAGUUAUGAUCAUCUAUUACAACACAUCUGGUCUUUC